AUGUCCGACGAUGUCGAUUCCAUCGUCAAAGGCGCUUCUGCUCCAACGCAAGGCGCCAAAGAUGUCGCCGGCGCGAGUCCAAUCCUGCCUACGACCGCAAAGCAGGGCGAUCCUCUUCAUCACACUCCUAGUUCACCGUCCAUGAUCUAUCUCAACCUGUUGAUCCUCGAAGCUUCCCUCCGCGCGCAAUUCCUCGAACUCCGAGCAAGAAAACGACACCAUACCUUCUUCCUUACUCUCCUGUCUCUGUGGAUCGCUGGUUUUGGAUAUGCUCUCUUCCUAGCACCGCGUGAAGACGGGAGAGGUGUUGGAGGUUCUAUCUACUGGGCUGUGGAAGGUGCUGAAAAAGUAUGCUUCAUGGGCGGUAUCAUUACUGCGAUUCUCGUAUGGGCAACUGGAAUCUGGGAGCGCGGCAUUCGUUGGCCGCGACGCUGGUUUGUCAUUUCGAACAGAGGACUGCGCGGCUUCAACUGUAAACUGAUUAUAAUACGACGGACGUGGUGGGCCGAAGCUCUCUCUACAAUCGGAUUCUUUUUGACGUACGGGUUAUUCUCCCACACGGCUAGUUCAUCCUACCGGUACGUCGAGCCGAGCCUUAUGCGCGAGGUGGAGAAGGAACUCCAGAUCACGAGCGACAACCAUCCCACGCUGGUGCUGCCCCACGAAGAUGAGGAGAAAGGCGGUCACGAGGAGGAUCUGGCGCCUGGUGGUGAUUACGUCAAGCUGCUUCUUCUGGCCAAACCUUUUUCUGCUACGUUUAGAGAGAAUUGGGAAUUGUACAGGACGGAGUAUUGGGAGAAGGAGAAUGAACGUCGUGCGUUGUUGAGACAGAAAGUCAAGGAACGGGAUUAUCAGCUUGUGCGAGCGCAAUAUCCCUGGACUUGGUGGUUCCCUGGCCGACAACCUCGCCGACACGAAGAAAAGGCUCCUCCGCGCCAUGUUUCUGUUGAACGAGAACGUAGACGUCGGGGUAGUAGUGUCCGUCGCGCGUCCACGAGCUCAACCAGAAGUCCUACUCCCAAUGUUGAAGAAGAGGGUAUCCGACGAUCCAGCAGUGGUUCGAUCUCAAAGGGACGGAAGAGAUUGUCUACGAGUUCCAAGCCGAAACGACCUGGUUACGAUUCACGUUCUGGCACGCCUGACUUUUCUUCACCUUUGGCUAAAGAGAGUAGUGCAAAUGAUACUCCCGAAUCUGGACCUGAAGGAGGAAAAGUUUUGAGAAGUUCAUCUUCUAGAUCAACUGUUGGGUCCAAGGAGCGCGAGGGUUAG